AUGGUUGUCUACUACCAGAUCGCCGGCAAGAAGGUCGGCUCCCACGUCCUUGCCAUGGCCACCCUCGGCAGCAUCUUCGCCGGUACUUGGCUCGCCACAUCCGGUGGUGACAAGCCCAAGACCGCUCAGGGCCCCCCGAUCAACGCUUCCUCCAAGGAUGAGGAGAACUUCAUCCAGAAUUUUAUGAAGGAGGUUGAUGGCGGCGAUAAGAAGCCCGCUGCUGGCCAACACUAG